AUGAAUUGUGCUAAUCAGAGAGAUAAAAUUACGGCAGAACAGUAUCUCCAAAUGCUUAAAAAUGAUGAGCUGGAAGGUGAUUUGACCGCAAUAUUUGGCCGACUGAGAAACACCGAACAGUUCUGGAAGAAACCAAGAAACGAUGUAAAUUGUAUGACUCAAAAUUACGGUCCAGCAACUUGGUUUCUGACCAUGAGUCCCUCUGAGUGGAUGUGGGAGGAUUUGGGAGAGUACAUCAGGCAAGUAAAUGGCGUUGAAAUGGCUAAUAAAACAGUCAGUGAAUUGCUUGCUCUUGACCACGUAUCUACCUCACGUUUUAUAGAUAACAAGUUUCAAGCAAUGUUAGACUUAAUAACUAGUUCAGAUGAGCCUUUAGGCAAGAUUAUUCAUUACUUUUGGCAUCGAGAGUACCAAUCUAGGGGUGCUCAGUACUUCCAUUUAAUGUUAUGGGUUAAGGAUGCAUCUAUUCUACAUAAGUCAUCUAUAGAUGAGGAGUCAGAUAUGAUUAAUGACUACAAUCCCGCUUUGCUGUUGGCGUUGAAUGGAAAUAUUGACAUUCAAUAUGUUGGAGAAAAAACAGCCAUUUUGAACUAUUAUGUGACCAAGUAUACUACUAAAAGUGAAAAGACCAAUGCAACGGACAUGUUUAACGAUAUUAACUCUACAAAAAGUCUUAGAAGCCGGUUAUAUAAUAUUGGUCUCAGAGUAUUAUCGAAUCGAGAAUGCGGAGCUUUAGAAGCCAGCGAUACAUUAUUGGGAAUACCACUUUACGGCACGGACCCACAAACAACAAUAAGAUGGUUAGACGUAAACAUUCAUCGUAAUCGCAGGGUUAAAUCGAAAUCUGAAAUGACUGCACUGGACCCGAAUUCCACUGACAUAUAUUACGAUUCUUGGAUAGACAACGUUUACCCUGCCAGACCUGACUAG